CCCAACUGUAACCGGUUCUCUCGGUUACUCCUUUUCCUCUCUUAUAUUACCGACGACUCCCCCACAACUCCAUUAGUCUCACUCCACAACGAUCCCAGUCCCUCUUUCUCUGUCUUUCUCUGUACAUGUUCAACAGCUGAAACCACUAAUUACUAAUACUGAUGGCGUUUAACCGAAAAGAAGUGGAUCGGAUCAAGGGCCCAUGGAGCCCAGAAGAAGAUGAGGCGUUACAACAGCUUGUUCAAAAGCAUGGCCCAAGAAACUGGUCUUUGAUCAGCAAGUCAAUCCCCGGACGAUCCGGCAAGUCUUGUCGCCUCCGUUGGUGCAAUCAACUCUCUCCCCAAGUUGAGCACCGUGCCUUCACACCUGAAGAAGACGAGACCAUAUUACGCGCUCAUGCACGCUUCGGCAACAAGUGGGCAACAAUCGCACGGCUACUCAACGGCCGUACAGACAACGCAAUUAAGAACCAUUGGAACUCGACUUUGAAACGGAAGUGUUCUGGUUCGAUGGCAGAGGAUGGUAAUUUAAUUAACUGUAAUGGGUAUGACGGGGAUUUUGGUGAUAAUAAUCAAAAUCAGCCGUUGAAAAGAUCGGUAAGUGCAGGAUCAGGUGUGCCGUUGACUACGGGGCUUUACAUGAACCCGGGUAGUCCAUCUGGAUCUGACGUAAGUGAUUCAAGCGUACACGUGUUGUCGUCGAGUCAUAAUAUAUUUAAACCCGUGGCGAGAGCUGGCGGUGUUAAUGUGGAUGUGAAUGUAAUCCCGGAAACGACGUCGUCCACCAACGAUCCGCCAACUUCACUGAGUCUGUCACUUCCAGGGGCAGAUUCAAGUGAAGUUUCUAAUCAAAAGGUGGCGGAGUCAAGUAAGGUUGUAAAUACAAAGAGUUUGUUUCCUGAAAGUGGGUCGAAAGGUGGUGGUUUUGUGGGGUUCAAUGAAGAAUUUAUGGGGGUGCUGCAAGAGAUGAUAAGAGAGGAGGUGAGGAAUUACAUGGCUGCCCUUGAACAGCAGAGAGGUGGAGUAUGCUAUCAGGGUAGUGGUGGUGGUGGUGGUGACGGUGUCUUUAGAAACGUUGCGAUGCAGAGGAUCUGAGUUUACUAAAUGUGGUAGAGAAAACUGGGAUUUGUGUUUUCUCUUUUCUUUAGGAGAAUAAUUUUGGUUAAUGUACAGAGAGAGAGGGAGAGGUGGGUAAUGGAUAACUGAGUAAUGGUCUUUAGAUUGAGAGGAAGACUGUUGAAGAUUCUAUCAAUCUUUGGCCUUGUUCAUUAGAUGUUAGAGACGAAAACAUGCAACAAAAAUGGAAAAAAAAAAAAAAAUAUUAUAUAUAAUGUUAUAUAUAAGAAGUAAAAAAAAUAUAUAUCCUUAGAAAUGUUAAUCCAAGUUGUCGCAUUUCAUAGUGGGAAAAUCUUUUGAAUUUUUCCUUUAUUAACUCAUAUCUUAUUAUUCUUGGGAACGGUUAA